CUUUUUCAGAUAAGUUGACCAGGGAUGCAGCACAGAUAAUGAUUGCCAUACUCUCGCUACUUCUUCUUGGUCUUGUCGCUGACGCAAGCAAUGUGACGGACACCUCUACUUUUGAACUCCCUUCUGAUAUUGUACAGCAGGAUUGGGAGAAUGCUACAAGUCUCGCUCAGAACCUGACAGAGGCUUUGAAAUCUGCAAGCAAUAGCGUGACGAAUUUUCAAUCGGAUUGCUCGGAUCCUCACAAUAAGGAGAUUGCUUGCUCGGUUCAUGUCGUUGGCUGCACUGAGCAGCUCUUCGAACCGGUGGCAGCUGGACAUGAGCCACCAGAGGCCCACGAUGUUCGAGUCGAAGCUUUCGCCAAAGCCAUGGCUAGACAAGAAGGCCAUCAACUACAUGUGGACAUCUCUUGGCAACGGCCUCCAAAAAACAACUCAGUUCUUUUGCGUGCUUUCAAACUGCAAGUCAAUGGAACUGAAGGUGACAAAUGUUUUGUUUUCAAUGUCACCGAUUCCGAAUGGACACAGGACUCGGCUUCGCCUCGCUUCCACUUCACCUCCGAAAGCUUGUUCAAGUUUUCCGAAGGCUACCGUAUUGAACUCUACAGUCUUCCUCGGUCAGUAGAACGAGCACCUGUGGUGAUCAAAGAAUCGCGAAUGCCAGAGGAUCCAGAAAUGAUAUACGAUGAUGAUCGCACCAACAUCUCGCAGUACUGCAAAACACACACGAAUACCGAGGCAUCCAAGUGGACGGCAGCAUUUCGGCGAAUCUUUUUGCAAUCCAUAGCUCGGACUAUUCAAAUCGAAUUCGUCGGUGCACCACCACAUUUUUGUUUCGAAGAGUAUGAGGUACGACUACUUGAUGAAACUGGUAUUGAAUUACUGCAUCACACGACCAUCAAGGCUAAGGAUAUGAAGAAAGAAAUCAUCGAUGGGAAAGUCGUCUACUUUGGCGAACAUAAUUUCACGGGAUUGGAGUAUGGAGUGGAUUACAUUCCGUCAGUGAUACCGGUAGAGAUGUCAUCUGAUGGCCGAUGUUUAUGCCCAACUAGCGAGCAACACGGUGCUUGCAGUUGUAUAGCAGCCGACUGGAAACGGGUUCGACUACAACGUAUCGAGAAACCUCCUCCGGUUAUCAACGCUACCAUACCCACGAUUACACAUACUACCGACGAGAACAAGUACUGGCCACUCUAUGCUGCACUCAUCGCGCUUUGCUUGCUGAUUUCCUUAUGCUUCAUCAUUGCUGUGCUGGUGAUGUUCUAUAGAAAGUACAGCAAGCGCGGAAAGUCUGUUAGAAUACGUUUCAUAUCGGAUCAUGUGAACAGCAACGGAAUGGUCGCUGCUGAACCUCGCGCACCACUCAUUUAUAACACUCCAACGUCUGUGCUUAUUGUCUACACACAUGAUUGCCCGCAGCAUGAGGCUGCUGUCAUAGCUCUUGCUGAACUGCUUCGUGACACAUUCAAAAUGGACGUACAUUUGGACGUUUGGGACGAGAAUGAAAUAGAAAAGAAUCUUUACGAAUAUAUCAAUGCAAGCAUAGUGAAGGCGGACAAGAUCGUCGUCAUCAAUUCGGUAGGCGCAUAUUAUCGCGUUCGGGCCCGCUAUCUUGGAACUGAUGCCAUAGAACGCGUAAACAAAACACCUCUUGAUGGGCUUUUCCUCAGUCAGCUUGAUUUAGUGUUGCAGCACGCUCGAGUGGUCUCUGCACAUUUCAACUACACUCCGUCCAGCUUCACACUCUUUGCCCUUAGCCCUUUGCUACAGUAUACCAUUCCCGAGAAUCUCGGGCUUUUUGUUGCAUCGCUGAGCGAUUCGCAGCUGCGCAACGAUCCUCGCUUGGCGGGUUUCAAUCCGCAGCAGGCGCGGCUGCAAGCAGCCAUCGCUGCCAUGAAGCAGAUGAUGGAGGAGGAGCCGAAGUGGUUCGAAAACUCGCACUGUCGCGUGAAAAAGUCGCCGACAACCGUCAAGUCCGUCUCGCCUCGAACUCUUGACAGUGGCAUUGGCAGGUCCAUCACUACGCGAUCGUCUGCCGAUGUGCCGAUCACCGAGCCGUUGGCAGUCCACUGCAGUCAACCGGAGAGGGCUAUGCCGCCCUCGUCACCGACGGGUGUCGUGGUGGUCGCUACGUCUCCCUUGGAAGAGGAUGCUCGUCCAUUACUCGAGGAAGACAAUGAUGAGGUUGAGCCCAUGGAAGAAAAACAAGGGCACGAUGACAUUUCCGACGAUUCUGCAUUCCACAGCGCGGUGGUGGUGGAGGAAAUCCCACCGCAGCGCGAGGUUCGCGACAAGCCUCGGUUAUCGUCACGACAUGAUGAUUCGCUUCACCUCGAUGGUCACGAUGCCAUCAUCGAGUUGCCGUUGGUGAAAAAACGGCCCGAAAUGGACCAGAAUGAUUCUGGAAUGGUCAGCGACCUCAACAGUGCACAGAUCCUUCCGAUCUCCACAUUGUGCUCAACUCAUCUAUGCAUGAUGCUGCGCAAGAACAAUCUAGAAAUGCGGUUUUCCUUUUCCGAUCUCAAAGCUUAUGCUGCUGGUAAAUUACAAAGCCAUGAACAUCUGAUUCGAGAGGAUCACAUUCCCUAA